AUGCUUUGUCUCUGUACACACUUCAACGCCAAAUAUGCUUGCCCCCCUUCCCCCCAUCUUACUCCCCCUUCCCCUCCCCCUCCUCCGUUUUGCCGUCUCUCUGCCCCCACAUCCCCUGCAGCACCCACCUCACCUCCACCUGUCUCCAUCCCAGCACACGACGUUGCACCACCACAGCUAGCUCCUCCUGCUGCUUCUCGGGCCACUGAUGCUACCCCUCCUCCUGCUCUCCCUCCUCCUCCUUCGGCCCCGUCUACUGCUGUGGGUUCUGCUGCCAACUCACCAUUCUCCCUCUGCCCUCCCUCCACCCCACCUUGCCUCACCCCUUGGCUCUCCCCUUCUUGUGGGAAUGGGAAUGCUGACAAGGCAGAGAAGAGGGAGACGGGGACAGGGGAAACGGCGGGGAAGGUGGCGGGGAAGGGGGAGGCGGCGGAAGGAGAGCAGGAGCUUGGCGGGGAAAAUCGGCCGCUUAGGCUGGUGGUGAUUGGGGGAGGCGCAGCGGGCGUGUUUGGCGCGAUUCGAGCCAAGGAGUUGGCGCCUGGUUUGGAGGUCCGGGUGGUGGAGAAGAGUCAUCCGCUGGGGAAGGUGAGAGGGGAGGGGGGAGGGGUGUGGGGAAAAGGAGGAAUAUGGGGGAGAGCAGGAAGUGUGUGGCGUGAUUCGAGCCAAGGAGAUGGCUCCUGGUUUGGAGGUCCGAGUGGUGGAGAAGAUUCAACCGCUGGGGAAGCCAAGGAGAUGGCACCUGGCCUGGAGGUCAGAGUGGUGGAGAAGAGCCAACCGCUGGGGAAGGUGCGCAUCUCAGGGGGUGGACGCUGCAACGUCACCACAGGCCUCGCAGCCGACCCCAUACACCUCUCCUCCCACUACCCAAGGGGUCAUCGGGAGCUCAAAGGAUCCUUCUUCCGCACGCACGGCCCAGCAGACACGGUCGAGUGGUUCACCCAACGGGGGGUGCCCCUGAAGACUGAACCAGACGGGCGCAUGUUCCCAGUGUCAGAUUCAUCCCAAUCGGUUAUUGAUUGCCUGCUCUCACAAGCACACGAGCUCUCAGGUGCAAUCUCAGUAACCAUUUCUCCUGGCUGGCCCGUGGCAUCCAUCACUCGCACCCCGUCAGGCCAGUUCCUCGUAUCCUCUUCCAAGAAGACUCCAACGAUUAUCAAUAGCUCCUCCUCUCCCUCCUCCUCUCCCUCCUCCUCCUCCCCUCUCUCCCUCAUGGCUGAUUUCGUUCUUAUCGCCACGGGUGGGUCAAUCAAGGGUCAUGACAUGGCAUCAUCCCUUGGUCAUUCCAUCAUCCUUCCCUGCCCCUCUCUCUUCACGUUCAACAUCCCUGAUUCUGCUCUCACUGCUUUUGCGGGGUGGGUGGGGUGGGGGGUUACUCUGGUGGAUGGCAGCGCUGAAAUGUUUCUCUUGGGUUACUCUUCUGCACAGUUCUCCCUCCCUCCCUCCCUCCCUCCCCCCCAACCUACCUCUCUCCCUUUCUCCAACCCACCGGCAACUCUAGUGGCCGACUUUACCCCUCACCUCUCCGCUGCUGCUCUCCUCCCUGCACUCACUGCUUCAUCUCCUCACCUUUGUUUCCUUCCCCCUUUCCUCACCCCCUUCCUCCCUCCCUCCCCCCCUCCCUCCCUCCCUCUUUCUUUCCCUCUCUCCCUAACACCAGCCACCCUAGUGGCCGACUUUACCCCUCAUCUCACUGCUGCUGCCCUCCUCUCUGCACUCACUGCUGCCAAGUCAUCACUUCAGAAGAAACAAAUCGGCACCACUGCGCCAGUGGAGCUGAACCUUCCCAGAAGGUUCUGGUGUUACCUGCUUGAUCGUGCUGAAAUUCAUCCCGAGACUCUCUGGGCACACGUGUCAAAGGCCCAUUUGCUCGCCCUUGCUGAUGGCAUCCACAAAGCUGAGCUGGCAGUGGCAGGGAAGGGUCGAUUUAAGGAUGAAUUUGUGACUGCAGGUGGUGUUCCUCUAAAAGAGGUAUUUCCCCUCAUUUCUUUUCCUUUCUGCCUGCCCUUCUUUUCCUUCUUCCCUUCUCAGUUUCCUUCCUGCUACCCUGCUCAUGCCUUUCCCACUGUUUUCCAGAUCCCAACUCCCUCCCAUUGCUUCCCCUGGUGCUUUCCUUUCCACAUCCCAUGUCACACCUCAAGCUCAAUCUCGCAGCACUAG